GCACUCUAUCUUGAGCUAUAAUCCUAGACCGCAAAUAUUGGCUGAGUAGCUUUGGGAAGCGCAGGCAUCCAGCCCAGCCAUCAGAGGGGAGGGAAAAUUCUGGCUGUUGACGUUAGUGUUAAUUGUAAUCUAGUGGAAGAGACUAAGUUGCUAACAAAAGCCUUAUUUUAAUGUUAUAGCAUUAACCAGUCAACUGUGCUAUGUGCUCAGUGAACUCAGCCCGCUCUCCUAUAGCGACCACACCACAGAAGUCCUUCCAGGGACUUCUUUAGCAACCAAAACAAAAAACAGAAGCACUGAAAUUAAGUCUGCAAGGUGUUAUUUAUCUUGGAAAGUUUUCCUUUAAGUCAGCAAAGUUUCCAAAAAUAAAAUAGUUUGGUACUUGUAGUGAAAAUUCCUUUUGGAGAAAAGACUUGUGUCUGUUGUUGCAUUUUAGCUAAACAGUAGUGAUUGAAAAGCUUCCUUUUUGAAUAAAUAACUAUAGAAGUGGAUAGAAAAAGAAAACACAGCUGUUCCUUCAGUGCCUGUAGGCAGAAUAAUCUUUGCCACACAAACCCCUCCCCUCAGUUGGAGUCUCAUUUUGCUUUCUUCAUCUGGGGACAGGCUUUUUUAGUCCUCUUUCACAAAGCAGCAAGUUUGUUCCUUAUCUUCUCUGGCUGGUCUUGGCAGCAAGUUUGUGGGACUGAAUUAGGAGGCAGAUGAAAAAGAGGUUUGAAAGUACUUCCAGGGGAAAGAAGCAAUAGGAACCUUAUCACUGACAUCUGGAGGUGAAGUGGAAUAAAGCUACAGCUCUCUCUCUCUCAUGCAGGUCAGACUAUUGCUUUAUAUAUUGUAUACAUGGUAUAUAUUGUUUAUAUAGCAGAGAUUUCCUCGGAAGUUGUGUUUCACAGGGUGAGCUGAGAGCUGCAUAUAUCCCAGGGGUCCAGUCCUCCCUGAGUGCACUCACACACACACUUGCUCCCACACAUGCUGCUGCAAGAGAAAUUCUCCAUCCUUUCUCGAACAAGUUCUCAGAGAGGGCACAGUGAACCAUCUCUGUCCCAUUACUUACCCAUUUAAGAAUUAUUAUUGAAACUUGGGCUAAAAGAGCCUUCUAAAGUUGUUUUGGUCAGUCUCUCUGCCAGACAGCCAGAUCAGUUUUACCUAAAGUUUCUCUAACCUGUUCUGAAUAUUUCCAAAGUCUACAAUAUGCAUCUCCUUCCACUUACGCAAACCUCAGCUCAAUUGGUAGGCAAAUUUAUGCUCUCAUAAAAGCUGAUAUACAUCUGAAUGACAGUUCCUCUUAGCUGAGAAACAGUUUUCCUAAAUUGCUCUCCUCAAGUCUGUCUUGUUAAUAUAAAGUCCAGGGCACAAUCAAUCAUCACCAUCCCAUCACAUUGACCAUUUAAGAAUGAUUACUGAAAAUUGGGCUGAAAGAGCCUUCAGAAAUGAUCUAGCCAUACGCAAACAUGUCAGAUUUUCACCCAGUUUUGAGGAAAGGCAGAUUCAUAUGCCUUGUACAAAAAGAAGCCAGCAUUUCUGGAAUACAGAAUGGCAAGAUAUUUCAGACACUGCAAGGGUAACUGUACUUUAGGGGGUGUUGUUCUGCAGCUGUUUUGCAAAAAACAAAUUUGAUAUUAACUUAAUACGAGGGAAAAUCCAGGGAGAUUGAGAUUACGAGACACUCAGGACAGACAGUAGGAUGGUAUAGUCUAUUGAGCUGCUGGCCAAAGUAUCCAGUACAGAAAAUGAAUAAUUUUCACAUUCACAUUUUGAGAACUGAUACCACUCCUCUUUGCCUGAGGUGAGAAAAUGAGGAUGCCAGGCAAUGUUGUGCAAAUCAGGUAAACCCUCCUGUUAUUACAAGCCAAGCUUGUCUCAAUAAGAUGGCUUAUAGUGCUCCACCGGUGACUCUUUAAUGAUAAACUCCAGUGUUUAAAGACUGUCUGAAAAAUUACAAGGAUUUCCAAUGGUUGGAGGUCUCUUGUUCUGACAGUGCAAAGUUUUAAGACUCUGAGAACAGAGCAACAGGAAUAAUAUGUCUUCCUACAUGUUUAAGAAAAAUAAAGUUAUAUUCUGUGCAGAACGCUAAACAGAGUCUCGCUUAUAAUGACAAGAAAUAGAGAAGGACUUUCAUAGACAGGGUUGAAUCAGCUGACAGCUACCAAAGUGAUCUUAAUAUCCACAUUGAAAUUAUGGCUGGAAGUUUAAAACAAUGAUAGCACCUUUUCAGUACAAUUGUGCUCUGGGGAAAGCGAUUUCUUCUGCCUCUGAGUUUUAUAUCUUUCAGUGCGUUAUAAAUCACAUCUCCACAAAACUAGGCACAAAGGAUAAGCCCUUCUAGUAAAUCUCUCCCUUAACUAUCGCAUGUCACACCUAGAAAAAAUGUGUUUUUUGAAGGUGUAAUACAUAACGUGUUUUGAUGUCACGAGCUAUGGAAUUCUAAACUUGGAUAUGUGCAAAGAACAUGCAGCAACAUCCGUUUGUUCCUUGAAGAAUCCAUUUUAAAAUGUUUGUCCAUAGAUUUUUAAUCAGCUCUCUCUAUUUCAAGAAAAUACCCACCAAACCUGAAAGCCCAGGGGACCUUCAGGACUUAUCUCCCACAAGCCUCGUUCAGCCAAGACUAUAAUGCAUUAUAGAUCUUUGACAUAUAAAGUUUUGUAAGAAUAGUCUGUUUACCAGGGGAUAAAAUCUUUCCUGCAUGGCAAUAAAUGAUGGAACACAGGUGUAUUUGUCUCUCAGAAGGCUUGGUGCCUGCGGUCUUACAGGAGCACAGAUGGGUUAUCCAGGUACAAAGGUGAUGGCUGACCCGUGAAGAAAUACUGGAUCGGCUAGCCUCUUUCUAUUCUUUAUUGUAAGAUUGUGCUUUUGUCAUUAAAAGGUUUCCUUUCUGCAAAGGCAGAUUAAGGUGGCAGCUUGGUGUCUCUGGGUGUAAGCCUUAAAUCUGAGUGUGCUGGUGGAUGUAUUUGUGUGAGCUGCCAGAGAAAAUUUAUACCCAAUGAGUAAAACCUAGUGCCUUCUUUCCUCUCGUAGACACAAGGAAAUAGCUUUUGUUCAGAUAGCAGCAUGGUAACUCUGUGGGAAAAUGUUUGAAGUAAUUUCAAACCAGGAUUCCUGGUGGUGGUUAGAGGUUGAGGAAGUGGAUUGGAAAUGACCAGUUAAUAACUGGCCGUAGCGACAAUAUUUCUGUUGCCAAUUUAUUUUUUUCCUAAAUUUCUUUUGUUCCAGUCUGACUUGCCUGCCAGUGUCUUUGCUUAAGGAGAUGAGUGACUUUGCCCAUUUUGUUGAUCAGAAUAAAUUACUAGCAGCUAAUUUAGAGUGCUCACAAAAGUGCCUUUGACAUGGUAAAUUGUGCUCUCGUUAUUAUAUAGUUGUCUCUCCCAGAAUAUUGGCCUGCUUCAGGGAAACGGACAAAAUCUUGCAGAUUUCCAGUUCCCAGGAUAUCAUGAGGACUCUGAGUAAGAAGGAAAUAAGCAUUCUUCUCCAUUGUAGCAACUGCAGAAAGAACAUUUUGACUGCUAUGGUUCGAUCUUCUGUCCCUAACUUCUUUAAAAAGAAAAUAAUUUUUCUUCUGAAACCUGCAAGUUCAGGGGUUUGGUGGUGGCGAGUAUUCACAGAAGCUUAAAGUGGGGGAAAACUGGCUACUUAGGACAGUCGUCUUGCCAACAGUGAGAAUCAGAAUCUUAUCACUGGAUUUGCAAUGUCUGAAGUAGAAGCUCACCUUUUUCUGCACAUCUUGCAAAGAGAACAAAGAAAAAGGUUUAGAGGGAUAUGGCGCUUGAAAGAAUCAUUCGAGACACACUGACACACUUCAUCCAGUCCCACAUCCCUGCUGCAGACCUCAGUGGAAUGGAUGAUGUUUUUUUCUCCUACAUCACGGGUGUCCUGGAAGAACUGGGCUCACCAGAGUCCUCUGAAGAGACCUUUGACAUGGACACCUUUGUGGAAAUGAUGGAGGCGUAUAUUCCUGGUUUUGCAGAAAUCCACAGUGGGGAUGUUUGCGAAAUGAUGUUCUCUCUCUCAGAAAGGCUUGGUGAAGCUCGCACAAAAGAAAAACCUGGCCGAAAGGCUGUGGAGGGCAGGAGCGAAGCGACCUCUGAAGACCUGACCCAGGGCCAGGAGCCUGCAGGGGGAGCCUGCAACAGGAAGCAGCUGUGCACUUUGACGGAGGGAGCUGGGGCCCAGGAAGGUGGUGACUUGAAGGAUGGGGUGGAGCUGCUACUGGAAAUGUUCCCUGCCUGUACCAUGGGCCAGGCGGAGAAGGCACUGUCCAUGGCCUUGGGGAACUUGGAGGAGGCAGUGCAGUUAAUUGUGGAAGAGAAGGUGGAAAUUGGCACAGCAGGUGUGAGCGCAAAGGAACUGGCACGGCCCCGCAGAACACCCAAUCACGAGGAACUAAAACAGGUUAUCUUGCAGAAAUACAUGAUGGUGGAUAGUGCAGAAGAUCAGAAAACACAUCGGCCAGCUCCACCAAAAGAGGUGAGAAGAGCAGGCCCAGUUCACCAGCAUUUUGAAAGUCCUUUGGCUACAUGGUCUAAAAAGCUGACUAAGCCAAAAAAGCAGAAGGGCAAUUGCAAGGAAGGAACAUUCACAGGGCUACUAGUCAGCAAAAAAGGAAAGAUUAGUUUAGCUAGGAGGUGCUGCAAGGUCUGUCAGUACUUAACCACUGCUGACUAGCAUGGCUCCUGUCCCCUCCCCACCAGACAGCUUCCCUCCCAUUUUUGACCUAGACUCCCAGCAAACAGGAUGGGUAAAUUAGCCCAUCCCAGUCUGGCUGGCUACCCCAGCCAGCCCGUGCUUGUGCCUGUCCCUUCCCUUUUCCCAGCAGUGUGGCUGUCCACUUAGUGUCAAUGUCUUUCUUCUCCAGGCUCCCAAGAAGCUGAUCCGUUAUAUCGAUAACCAGGUGGUGACUACAAAGGGAGAGAGGUACAAAGACAUAAAGAAGCCAGAGAGCGAGAGGAGAUGAAGAGGACUUACAUCAGCCUCAAACCAGCCAGGAAGUACAAGUUCCACUGACAGCCAGUCUCUCCUGCUCUUCAGCCUCUGCCUCACUAGCUCGGGCAUGGAAGGAUGGACAUGUGGCACUAGAGAUGAGAGGAUACUCUUCCACCCUCCACUAACUGGAACUAACCUGGGAGCCAGGACACUGCUUUCAGUUUCCCCAACUAACUGAGUUGGCAAGGAGGAGCCUUCUCUCUUUGUGUAGCUCUCCCUCCACCCUAGGGGUGCACCAGCUGUCCGGGUCAUGGGCAUUCUCUGUUAUUCCUUGCAUGGGACAUUUUUAGAUCUAAGAUGUGGCUUGUGCUUUUGCAGCAAGCUUCUUACAAGUCUGUGUGCACUGUUGCUUUAAACUGAGUGCCAGUGUUAAUAAAGAUCAUGCUAGUUGGUGUGUAGUUCA